AUGGAAGUACACGAGCUGGUACACGAUGCUUCAAAGGGAAAGGCUGCUGUCUAUAUCACCUCGAUGGCCAACACCCCCUUUGAAGGGAAUUUCAAGUGGACAAACGAAUAUGCCGUCUUUCCCACAUUUAGCGAAGAUGGACAGAAAUAUGCAAGCUGGAGGAGAUGGUUUCAGAAAUACUUGGUUUAA